GACAAACUCUCCCUCUCGCUCGCAUCCGUGGCUUUCGAGAGUUCCGAGCCAAAACAAAGUGAAAACAGUAGGAAUCAAAUUUCGCAAUUUUCUUGUGAAAGCAAAUCGUAGUUUCGAUCGGAAUUACAUCGCGAUGGAAGUUACGGAACGAUGCUAAACUUCGUCCUUUGGCGGUUAAAAAACUACUAACGUCCUAUUUGUCAUUGCCAUCCGAGAAGUAACGGGGAACGCGUAAUUGACGAGUGUACACAGAAAAAGUGAAAGGCAAUCCUGGACCAUGACGGGGACCAGAUUGUUGAGAAUCUUUAUGUUUAAAGCUUGGAAGGAGAAGCAACGUCAUCCGGUGCGAAAUGUGCUGAACACAUUGUUCCCGAUUGUGGUCAUAACGAUAUACGCAUUCAGCCGCUCGGGCUUUCAACGAGGAGGAGCUAACAAAAAUAGUCCGGAAGAUUCGGCGGUGCUGUCGGCGUCUGUUUCACAGGAUGAUCUCAUAGGAUUCUUUCCAACUGGACUCUACAAUAAAAUAUUCUAUGCACCGGAAAAUGACUUCACUAGGGAGUUGAUCGAACACGUCCGACAGCAUCUGUUCAUUGUUUAUGAUCGAGUGGAAUCCUUCCCAUCGGUCAGCGCGAUGGAACAUACGUUGCUGUUCAGUCAGGACUUCUACGCAAUCGCGUUUGAGCCAAACUCAUCCGCAGCGCAUCUUUCCUACACGAUUCGUACGAAGAAUAACAACUUCCGCACCGGGGAAAUCUACUCGCGAAAUUUGUACGAAAGCUAUCUGAAGAACCACAACGAAUACUUCGAGAGCGGCUUCCUGGCACUGCAGUACGCCAUCGAGAAAUCGUUUGUCCAAAUUCGGACCGGUCUGGCGGAGGAAUCAUUGCCAGAGUACAGCUACCAGCACAUUCCGGUUGGUGGUGCACGCAGCCAGGAAUCGUCGGAAAUCUUUCUGGUUAGCCUAAUGCUGGCAACGUUCAUUUCGGUUGGCUGCACUUACCUACUGCUGGUCCCACUAGUGGAGGAGAAGGCGUCCGGGAUGAAGGAAUAUUUAAAAAUCGCAACACCUUGCAGCUACUGGAACGAGAUCGCAAUUUUCAUAGCAAAUUACGCCCACCUUGGAAUCAUCGCGCUCCUUUGCAUGACGAUCACGUGUUUGGCAAAAGUUUGGGAAACGACAGCUGCACAGAUCGUGUUCGCUUACAUUCUUCUGCUUCUGUUUGUGAUCUGUACGAUAAGUUUUACGUUCUUCAUAAGCACUUUGCUGGAAUCGGUCACGAUUACGACGAUCAUCGCUCCGAUAUGUUAUUUUGCACCGGUCAUAUUUGCGUCGGCUCAAAAACGUUUCGAAGUGCUCCUCACAGUUUUUCCGAUGGCUGGUUUCAAGGUUGGAGUGUCGAUCUUGCACGAUUACCAAAAUUCUGGCCACAGUUUCGAGACGAUCAAUGCGUUCUUGGCCGGCUAUCCGGGAAAUGAACGAAUGAGUUUGUUUGGUGUUUUGGUGAUGCUGCUGCUCGGGUCGAUAAUUUGGGCGUUUCUCUGCUUCUACAUUUCCAACGUCCGACCCGGUCAGUAUGGUACGCCAAAGCAUUGGUUGUUUUUAUUCCGGAAAGAAUACUAUCAGAAGAGCAGUAAUAAGAUCAACAACAGUCAGGAUGAUUCCAGCCUGACGGAGGAGAACGCCAACGGUACCAAAGGUGCGAUGGAAAACGGCGAUCAUUUGGAGAAGGUGGUUAAAAUCAGUAACCUGAACAAAAUUUUCAAGACAUCGUUUGGCACUCGUAUCGCUGUUAAGGAUUUGUCGCUAAAAAUCUACAAGAACCGUAUUACCGCACUGCUCGGGCAUAAUGGAGCCGGCAAGACUACCACAAUGAAUAUUAUCACAGGAAUGACACCACGAACAUCCGGGCGAAUCGAGAUCGAUGGGGAGGAUAACCCCAGCGAAUAUCGGCAGCAUAUUGGGUUCUGUCCGCAGCAUAACGUUGCGUUGGGUUAUAUGAACUGUCGCGAACACCUCAUAUUUUUAGGCGCCAUACGUGGAAUGAGCAUGCAGGAAGCCGCGAUGCAAGCGGAUGAGAUUCUGGAGAAAGUCAACUUGCUGGACAAGAGUGACGAAGUGCUUUCGAAGCUGUCCGGUGGAAUGAAGCGAAGACUUUGCUUGGCUAAUGCAAUUAUCGGGCGAACCAAACUGUUGAUACUGGAUGAACCCACAUCGGGACUGGAUCCCGAGUCAAGGAGAGACAUCUGGGAUGUGCUGUUGAAGCUUAAAAAAGAUCACACGAUUCUGAUCACUACACAUUUCAUGGAGGAAGCGGAUGUUCUGGGCGAUUGGAUUGCGAUAAUGGAAAACGGAGAGUUGAUUUCAUUUGGAACAUCGAUCUUUCUGAAGCAUUACUACGGGAAGGGAUACACGUUGAAGUUGCUUAAAAAGGACCACUUCAAACGGGACGAAGUAUUGGGUGUCAUAAACGAACACAUAGCGGGAGCCGUAGAAAAGCCUGCUGUCGAACCACUGUUCGCCAUAACGCUACCCUACACUUGCAUCGAGCAGUACGCUCCAUUGCUGAAGGAUUUGGAAGAUAAGAAGGAGGAUUACGGGAUUGCCUCGAUCAGUGUAUCCAAUGCCACGCUUGAGGAAGUAUUUUUGAACUCAUCUUCGGAUAACAAAGCGCUUGAAAGCGAUCAAAGUUUGGAUGUGCCAGACGCACCAAUGAAGGCUCGCUCUCUUUCCACGAAUUCCCACGCGAAACCGAACGAGAAAAUUUUCCCGGAACUGCUGAUACUCUUUCUGUGCCAGCUGAGAGCGAUUGCGUACAAGAAAUUCGUCCACAUCAAACGCAAUGCUCACAUCUACGGGUUCAUGUCAGCGCUGCCCAUUUUCACCACUAUCAUCUGCUUCCUGCUCAGCGGUGGCUACUAUCGAACUGAUUACGAUUCUAUCGCUCUGCACCACUCGACAGUCGAUCGGGCCUUCGCUGUGAUUGUUCUGAACGACAAAGAUCGCGUCAUUGAUUACUCGUCGAUAAAGAAUGGCUCCUACUUCAGAGAUUUGGACCUCGUUGUUGUUGAGGAGCGUAACGUAGAGGAUGUCCUGCUCGAAGAGGCACGCAAAGAUUGGACUCGCUACCACGACCGGUUGGUUGCGUCCGUCGAGUUCAAUGUGAGCGACCGCAGCUUGAAAAUACUGCACAACAACAAUCUGCUGCACAGCGGCGGAAUCGCGGCGAAUAUCGGAAGCAAUUUGUUGCUGCAUUACUACGGCUAUCCGCGGGCGGAGGUCGAGGUACAGAACAGUCCCUCGACGCGGAGACUGCAGGUGGAUUCUCUGACGCCUUAUUUGUUCACCGAGGCGAUAGCAUUGGUUUUUAUGCUCUACAUCCUGCAAUAUCUCCAACUACCUUACCUAGAGGCGGCGUCCGGCUUCAAGCAGCUCCACAACGUGAAUCGUUACGUGUACUGGGGAAGUACAUUCCUGGUAGAUUUUCUGCUACACGUACUCAUCUGCCUGCUGGUGUUCUUCGUCGCCAUCAACAUCGAUCGCGAAGGAUUGUUCACUAGAGCCGAACAUGGCCAAAUACUUGCGGUGCUAAUACUGUACGGUUUGGCUGCUUUACUGGUGAUCUACAUCAUCAGCCAGUGCGUAGAUAAGAUGGACACCGCGGUCACUUUCAUGAGUUAUCUGAUGAUUGUGGGCGUUUGCGGAGUAUUUCUCCUCUCGGAUGGUUACGAGCGAAUACGUGAAAAUGAUGGUUGGAUUCUCCUGUUUCAUCUCAUUCCGGAGUUUGCACUCAAACACUCGCUGAGGGUGGUCUACGAGAAUCAAAAAGUGAGCAAAAUAAAGGCACUCAUCGAGGCAAACACGGUCAGCAGUGACCCCGAAGCUAUCCAGGAACUGCAUUUGCACUAUGUAUACAUUUUGAUGCCAUUCAUGGCGGUGAUUUUCACAUUGGUGCUGAAUGAGGUUAUCGAGAAUAUCUACAGGAAAGCAGCAUUACUAGAUGGUAAGGCCGAAAUGGUCGCAUCGCUGAAGCGGAACCUACGCAGCAAAAAACAGAAGAAAACGGCUUUCGAUCAACCGGAUUCUACCUAUGAGAUGAGCAGCGCUGUUGACGAUGAUGUUGACGCCGAGUCCAAGAUGGUGAACGAGAUGGUUUCGAAGGAGCCACAAGAGUUUGCUCCGUAUACGAUUGCGGUACAUGGGUUGAAGAAGCGCUACCAGCAGUUGCCGGCGGUGAGAGGAGUAAGUUUUGCGGUGAAACGAGGCGAGUGCUUCGGACUGCUCGGCAUGAAUGGAGCUGGAAAAACGAGUACAUUCCAAAUGAUCACCCGGAAUCUCCCCAUCACGGAGGGGACGAUUUAUUUGAAUGAACGUGACAUAAAACUAGCCAAAGAGAGGGAGUAUCGAGCACAGUUUGGUUAUUGUCCCCAAGGGGAUUCCCUGCUUGAAUUUAUGACUCCAUACGAGCUGAUAAAUUACACCGCAAUGGUGAAGAAAUUACCAGAACGCGAGAAUCUCAUUAACCGGUGGCUAACUGAUCUCGACAUUUUGUCAUUUGCCCACAGUAGAAUAAAUGAGUGUUCGGGUGGAACAAAACGCAAGGUUAAUACAGUUCUCGCGAUGUUGGGUAAUCCGUCGAUUGUGUUUCUAGAUGAGCCAACUACGGGUGUUGAUCCGAAAUCGAGACACUUCGUGUGGAGUAGGAUAAAAGCGCUCCAGAGACUCGACCAAACGAUUAUUCUAACAUCACACAGCAUGGAUGAGUGUGAGGAACUUUGCAAUCGCUUGUCCAUUAUGGUAGGUGGGCAAUUGCGUUGCAUAGGAUUUAUCCAGCGAUUGAAAGAGAAGUACGGAAAGGGCUACAACCUAAUUCUGAAACUCAGCAACGGAAAUAUCGAACCGAGCUGCGCACUAAUAACAGAAAUUCACAGCCGCUUCCGAUGCGAACUAAAAGAGGAACAUGAUGGCAUGCUGAAGUUCCUUGUGCGAGAUCCGAUACUACUGUCGGAACUUUUCUCACAAAUGACCGCACUGAUGGUAGACCACUCCGAGCUUAUCAGCAGCUUCUCGAUAAACGAGACUUCACUGGAGGAUAUUUUCCUCAAUUUUAGGCCACCAUCGUCAGCCUUGCGCUGCGGUCAGCUGCUAGAGGUCGUGUAAAUAUGGGUUUGUUAUUGCUAGCUUUUAUGUUUUUCUAUGUGUUCAGAUUAGUGUCCACAUAAGCGAGAGGAUUUAUAUUUAAAGUUAGAAUUUGUCCUGUCAUAUAAAACAUUCCGACGAAGUCGACCGUAAUUGAUCGAUGCGAAUAAUUUAAUAUAAUAAUGUAAAAUGUC